AUGAACAGUCCGUACGCAAAAGAACUCUCCGUCGCUAUUGGUGCUUUGCAAAAAGCUGCUCAAUUGAGUCAAUCAAUUGUCUCUGAAAAGGACAAAGGCGCAAUCGAGAAGGAUGACUUGAGUCCUGUCACAGUUGCCGAUUUUGCAGUCCAGGCGCUCCUCACAGCGACGAUCAAGAAUGCGUUUCCAGAGGACAAAGUUGUGGGAGAGGAAGAUGCUUCGGACUUGAGACAGAACUCUGUGUUGAUGGAAAGGGUUUGGCAGCUCUUGGAGGGGGUUGCUGGGGAUGGGGAUACAGUGUCGCUGUGCAAGUUGCCUGAGAGCAGGGAGCAGAUGUGUGAUCUUAUUGAUGAGUGCGGCGCUAGUAGCCCGUCUGCCACUGGGAGAACUUGGGUGUUUGAUCCAAUCGAUGGGACGAAGACGUAUCUCCUCGGUCAGCUUUAUGCUAUCAACACGGCUUUGCUUGUGGAUGGUGAACAGAUUGUUGGGAUCGUGGGUGCGCCAAACUUGUCAAUUGAUGCAAAGGCACCUCUCAAGAACGAGGAUAUUGAUCCCAAGGGCGAGGGCUGUAUCUUCUUCGCCGUCAAGGGUCACGGCGCUUACAUUCGUCCCCUAAAAACCGAUCAACCAAGGCGACUCCCUCUUUACACCAACAACGACAUCAGCCUCGUCACCAGCUCAACAGUCAACUCCGCCCUCUUCCGCGUCCACGAAAACGUCGCCUCACGUCUCAACACUGCUUAUCCAGGAAACGACCUUCUGCCUUGGGUUCUGCGCUGGGCAGUUCUCGCAAUGGGUCUCGGGAACACGACAGUCUGGGUUUACAGACGUCCAGAUCGGUAUGCCAAGGUUUGGGACCACGCGGGCGCUAUGCUGUUGUUCGAAGAGACGGGUGGAAAGAUUACGGAUGUUUGGGGGAGGAAGAUUAACUUGGCAGCGGGAAGGAUGAUGAGUGCUAACUUUGGGUUUGUUGGUGCGAGGGAGGAACAUGAGAGAGUGUUGCAGGUUGUGAAGGAGGCGUACUCGGAGCAGAUAAAAUUGAGGACUAAUAUGCAUGCCUGA